AGUCGCUUGUUCUUCCUCUUCUUCCAUUGGUUCCGCAGCCUCUUCCUCGCUGUUGAUAGCGUCUUCGUCCAUUCUGCUAGACCCUGAGCGGUUCCCACAGAGCCUUCUACGUAACCUGGUCUCUCCCGGAUGAUCAGAACCCUUGAAACGGCUGCAGAGAUAGAAAAGUGCGGGCUUCCCGCGGAGAGGUGCGCGUUAAAUAGAUAGGUGCGCACCAAUUGGAGUCUGUGCAUCUUCGCCGUUGCGUGUUGGUAGCCCCCUUCUUCUUGUGCGGUGUGGUAACCAUGUCGGACGAGGUGGUGGGAGACGUGUGUGAGCUCCUUGAGGUGAUAGAGACGGAGCAAGUGGUGGAAAUACUGGAGCACACCCAAUUCCUCGACCUGGCGGCUCCCAUGGAAACGCGCGGUGAAAUGCCAGCUGGCGGCUGCUCCGACUUUUGUGAAGUUCCGGCAGAAGAAAGACAGCUAGCUGGACAAAAGAGGAAAAGAGUUGAGGUCAGGGGAGACCUGGAAGAAGCUGGGGUGUUUGGUGCGUCUCUCCCGACAGCAGUCGUUCCUCCCUCUCCCCGUCAGGUCCUCGCUACCCCUCUCUCCCUUCGUCCCAAACCUCACUCCUCCACACCUCACCAGACCUCCGAGAAUACGACCACCCUUCAUCUACAGAACACAGACCCAGCCAACCCUUCUCCCCUCCUCCCUGCGGUCAAUAUCCAGUUGACUUCAGAGGAGCUGCAGGCUCUGUUCGGUAUCCUCCAGCAGCGAGGCUCCACCCCAAACCCCUCCUCUUCUUCUUCUGCUACUUCAUCUCAGGCUCAGACCCAUCAUAAGCAUUAUCAGCCUGUUGCUCCUAAGAAGAUGGUUACUGCAGUUGUGAUUCCAUCAUCUGCUUCAUCUUCUGCUACAUCUACAACCAGCUCUGUCUCCCUGUCAUCCACUGGUAUAAUGGAGGCUCAGGCAGUAGCAGCAGCCAAAGCCUCAGUCACGGGGAAGAAGAGACAGUGCAGCUGUAAGAACUCCCAAUGCCUCAAACUCUACUGUGACUGUUUCUCCCACGAAGAGUGGUGCGGUAUCGACUGUAGCUGCAGGAACUGUCGCAACAACCCUGCCUUCUCUCAACUGAGAGAACUCACUCUCAAGGUGUACAAGGAGCGUGAUCCCACUGCCUUCCAGCAUCGCGAGGCUCGGCCUGCGAGGGGCUGCAAGUGUCGCAAGACACUCUGUCUCAAGAAAUACUGCGAGUGCUUCCAUUCAGGUGUCCACUGCUCUUCUCUCUGUCGCUGCAUCAACUGUAAGAACACGGACACCUCUUCCUCCUCCUCCUCCUCUUCUCCCCUCACACCCUCCCAGACAGCAACACACCCAAUAUCAACCCAUCUCAGUCAUACGGAGCACCACCAUGUUGCAUCACCUCUUGCUAAUGUGACACCCUAGACUGUGGUACACAAUUAUCAUCGUCAGCUCUCGGUGACACAACGUCCGUCUAUAAAGACCUCUCGACCUCACAAAAUGAGUCUUAGCAGAGGACCUUUCGUGUACUGUGUAUGUGCCAUAAUUAUUUCAUGUUUACUACCACGUUUAUAUAUCACAAUCCUAUUUAUGCUCAAAAGUCUGUCAAUUUCCUGUGCACACCGCUGCGUUUCUAUUCAAGAUAGCUAAGCCACUGCGUUAAAGGGUGUGGCUAUGCUAGACUAGUGCACUACGGUGACUGGCUGUGUAGUCGUAAGCAAGCUACGUGACAUGUAUCGUCCAGUGUCAAAAAUAAAAAAACAAUACUCUGGUUGUGUAUGGCUUCACUAUAAUCCACAAACAAAACAACGAAAACAACACAAUUUACAGUAGUGCUAACUCGUCUCCAAAGGGUUAAACCCAUCGUCAAAAGUCUGCGAGUGACAGUUUGAUAUUCCCGAAUCGCUCAUUCCGUCAGUUGCCACUUCUCUCUUGCUCGUCGGCUUUCUCUUUGUCACGGGUGGCGGAGGAGGUCCCCUCUUCCCUUUCUCCCUCACCGAAUCUCUCUCCUGCUCCUCUGGCUGUUCGAACGAGCCCACCCAGCGCAUGACACGGCGGCUGCCACCCGAAGGCUGGGGACGUUUGGGGAAGAGGGAAGAGGGCUUCACGAGCGAGGAAGUGGAGUCGAGGUCGCUGUCUGUUGAGACCGAUGCUCGCAGGACCGGGUCGUGAUUUUGGAGAAAGUUCGUUUGGAGAUGUGGUUUUUCGGCGGUGGGUUCUUCGUGGUGCGUGGGGUCGGCAGGGUCGCCCAGGAUGGAGUCGAAUGCAGAGAGAAUUGGGUUGAGAUUGGUGAGAAUGGCAUCGAGUUCGUCUUCUGUGGCGUGGUAGACUUUGUCCGGUGACAUCUGAAUGAUGGAGCUGUUUGCAGUGUCUUCAGUUACCGUCUGCUCAUUUCCCAUUCUUGUUUGCUCGUCGUCGUCUUCUUCCUCUUCCGCCAGUUCAGUUUCGCUGUCUUGUUGCAGAA